UCGCCCUGGUGCGGCUAUGCCCGUCGCGCCCUGCUACUCGCCGGCCCUCUUCCUGGUGCUGCUGCUCGGCGCUUGCGUCUCCCAGCCGGUUGCUGCCGCCGCCGGCCUCUACUUCAAAGAAGGGCAAAGCUGCCACCGGCCGCUGCUGCGCCAACCUCCCGGGCUCAGAACCUACCCUCGUCCGCAUGAAUAUUUGGACAUCUCUGCACUGCCCAAGAGCUGGGAUUGGCGAAAUGUCAAUGGAGUCAAUUAUGUGAGCGCCACGCGCAACCAGCACAUCCCAAAGUAUUGUGGGUCGUGUUGGGCUUAUGGUAGCACCAGCGCCCUAGCAGAUCGCAUCAACAUCAAGAGGAAAGGAGCUUGGCCCUCUGCUUACCUCUCAGUUCAGCAUGUGAUUGACUGUGCUGAGGCUGGGACCUGCCAUGGUGGAGACCACACAGGCGUAUGGGAGUAUGCCCAUCACCACGGCAUCCCAGAUGAGACCUGCAACAAUUACCAAGCUAAAGAUCAAAAAUGCAAGAAGUUUAACCAGUGCGGAACGUGCGUCACUUUCGAACAGUGUCAUGUGAUAAAGAACUACACCCUUUGGAAAGUUGCCGAUUAUGGCUACCUCAGCGGGCGAGAAAAAAUGAUGGCAGAAAUCUAUGCAAAUGGACCCAUCAGUUGUGGGAUCAGUGCCACUCCAAAACUGGAUGAAUAUACUGGAGGACUUUAUGCUGAAUAUUCCCCAGAGGCUAUAAUAAACCACAUCGUCUCCGUUGCUGGCUGGGGGGUAGAAAAUGGAACUGAAUACUGGAUUGUCCGGAAUUCUUGGGGCGAGCCGUGGGGAGAGCGCGGCUGGCUGAGAAUUGUGACAAGCGCAUAUAAAGGAGGAAAAGGCGGAGACUACAACCUGGCUCUAGAAGAGAACUGUGCUUAUGGAGACGCAGUACUCCCUUGAGUCUGCUGCUGGGGGCUUUUUUGUUGUUGUUGUUCUUCUGCUUUUGAAAUGAAAGGGAUUUGGAAAAUACUUCCCCCCCCCUUCUUCUUAAAAAAGGGAAGGAUCACUUUUCAGCAGUAACCUUUUGAGUGCAAAGCUGAAAAUUACAUUCCCAUUGAGGGACACUAUUGAUUACAGAGAGAGAGACAGAGAGACAGAGAUAUUAAUUAUGCACUUGUUUAUUUUCUGCUUGGAAGUUUUUGCUUUCAUCAGUUAUGAUAGUGAUAAGGAAAUCUGAAAAUGCCCCUGAUGAAGCCCCUCAAUUUGAGGUGAAUAAAUUGCUCAAACACACUCCUGACACUUUAGCCCCCACUUUCGUGCCUUUAAAAGCAACAAGAUACAGAAAGCCCCAAGGCUGUCUUGAUCUCUUGGAACACAGACUUGGAGACGGGCAUCUAAUCUAAUUACCAUCGAAAUUACCAUCUAAUCGAAAUUACCAUGUAAUCUAAUCUAAUUACCAUCGAAAGCCCUCUGACUAGGUAUUUCUGAAGGGUCAGAGCAUACUCUAGAAUUCCUAUCUCUCCUUGAGGUGCUAAUCAAAGAACAGAAUGCAACAUUUUGUACCAGUCACAGGCUGCCAAAAUAUGGCAUUGUUUAUGUAAGAAUGGGUUUCUGUUUAUGGAACAUGUAUGGGACUUGUGAUCAGUCGGAGGAGGGAAAAGUAUGACUUCAUCAGAGCAACUUGGAUGAAGUAUAAAAGUAUGCUGAUGAGGAUGAUAGUUUUCGCCAUCGGUUUG